UAUUUAAAAGUGUAAGUUUUGGAGUACACUUUGACAGUAAUGCCGAGUUGCAAUCCUCUGUCUUAAACUUUGGAUACCGAGAUGACGAGCAAGUGGACACAGGAUGUCCAGUGGUCCCCAGUGCAUCCCGAGACGUUCUUCUCUCUUUCAGUUGGAACUAACCAAGUCGAGUUCAAUCAGUUCGCCGUAGAGCCACUCUCCAACUAUGGAUCAUCUAAGCCAUCAAUUCGGCAGGUCUCUGAGACGGGAUUUGCUCGCCUUCAGUUCUCCAAGUCGGAUCUCUUUACAAACAACAAAGAUGAAGUGCAAAGAAUAAAAUGCUUUGCAUGUUACCCGAAGGCCGUCCCCGAGAACCUUCUCGGCCUUGGCCUCUCUACGGGAAAGGUGUUACUCACAUCAUUCGUAUCGGACCCACAGACGGAUCCAACUAAUCUCAUCGGAGCUGAAUUUCCUCCCAAACAUUCAAGGUUAUGCACCAGUCUUGCAUGGAAUGCAGUAGAUUCAAAACUGUUGGCUGUUAGUUUUGAUAAAUACCGAACGGACUGCAGUCUGUCAAUAUAUGACAUCACAGUCAGAGGUGGUGGAGGAGGGCAUACUAGACCUCUGUCAGUUGGGAGUGAAAGGGACACGAGAGGGGUUACAGAAUUGGUAUACAGUGAUGCUCUUCAUUCCAUGGCCUGGUUACCUCAUCAACCCUUCAGCCUCAUGGUUGGACAAGGUCAAAAGAACCUUAGGCUCUAUGACAUCAGAGAUCCCUCUAAACACAAAAGCAGUGCUAUCACGAAGUCGGUGUAUGGAAUCUCUGCAGAUCCGCUUUAUGAGCAUCGUCUAGCUUCAUUCUUUGAAGAUCAGAUGAAUAUCUGGGAUCUACGCCAUUUUGAAAAACCAGUACUAAGCUUCCGAGAAUCUCGAGGCGUGAUCAAGCUUGGAUGGAGUCCCACUCGAUAUGGCACAUUAGCCUGCCUGACAAAGCAGAGCAAUGUUAUCAAACUAUACAACAUUCAGCAUGUUGGUCAAGAAGUGGAGUACACAGAGAAGCAUGUUAAACCAAAUUAUCUGAAUCAGCAUCAAGUAGCCAUCUUUGCUUGGCAUCCGAACCAGGAGAACAGAAUGCUAGCUCUGUCACCUGGGGGCGCUAUGCAAGAUCUGACAAUCUACGAUGCCAUAUCACUGGACUGGUCGCCUCAUUCCACCUGUUCAGUGGCUUCAGGAAGGCAUCUGUUCUACUGCCUCCCGUCGUCAGACAGGCCUACCAGUGACGAGGAUAUAUCAACGACCAUGAAGAGAAGGGCUUGUAAUGGCUAUGGUAUGAAGACUGAGCCACUAAGCCAGAAUGCAGCAUUAGCAGGCAAUGAUGCUCAGGUCAAGAAACUGUGGCAUUGGUUGCAAAGAAUAAAAUCCCUGAGAACCGUCAGCCGGUCGGCAUCGUCCUUGAAAUCCUCCGCGCCAUCGUCGCCGGGAACGAUGGAGUUUUGUGGGGUGAAGCAGCUGAUGUGCAGGGAAGGGUCCGAGAACCCCCAGACAGGAGGAGGGUUGAGAAGCAAGGUGGAACCCAUGUCCUGGGAUGGAUUGGACGGGAUACUGGAAGCCAAUGUCUUUAGGAGUAAAGAAAGGUCACAUGCUCUGAGGUUGUGUGGAUGGGACUUUGACGGAGAUCACAACGCCUUCAGGGAUUUCACACAGAGGUUAGAGACUGAAGGGCGGUAUGAGAGAGCAGCAGCUAUAUGUGUGUUCCAUCUGAAGAUGAGACAAGCUAUUGAAAUACUCAACAGAGGAGCUGAAGCCGCUAAAGAUGGCAGUCAUGACCUGCAUCCCGUUGCCAUGGCGCUGUCUGGAUUCACACCAGACAAGGACACCCUCUGGUGUUCGAUGUGCAGCGCCCUCUGUCGUCAGCUUCGGAACCCGUACCUUAGAGCCAUGUUCGGCUUCCUUACAACCAACGAUGAUAAAUACGAGGCUGUCGUUAGAGAGUUGGAGAUCAGCAUCGAGGAUCGCGUUGCCUUUGCCUGUAUCUUCCUGAAUGAUGUCCAGCUGGUGACCUUUGUGCAGGAUCUGACCUUACAGGUCGUAACCGAUGGCAACCUUGCCGGUGUCCUCCUUACUGGACUCACUAAAGAUGGUGUGGAGCUAUUGCAAUCGUAUGUCGAUAGGACUGCAGAUGUCCAGACGGCCAGCCUUGUAGCAGUCCAAGCCCUGCCACCAGACCUGUACAGGGAAGAAUCAGUACAGCAUUGGAUUGAGAGCUAUAGGCAACUCCUAGAUACAUGGAGACUUUGGCAUGAAAGGGCAAAGUUUGAUUUGUUGUACCAAGCUCAUGCCAAAGAGAAGGUCUCCAAGCAGAUCUAUGUCAGCUGUCACUUCUGUCAGAGUCCCAUCUCACCCAGUGAGCUAGCCAAGGGAGGCAAGUCAGGCUACAUGGGAGGCUAUGCAAGGGCGUUCCAACAGAGAAGGGCGAAUACUUGUUACAAGUGUCGGAAGGCAUUGCCGAGGUGUGCUUUGUGUUUGAUGCACAUGGGAACGAGGUCCGGAGAAUCCAAACUGAGCCCGAAUCAGAGAAGCUACAAAUCCUCGGGCAAGCAGACAGUGAAUUCCAUGACGAAGCAGACAGACUUUGGAGAAUGGUUUUCAUGGUGUCAGAGCUGUCGACACGGAGGUCAUGCCGAUCAUCUGACAGAGUGGUUCAGGACCCACAGCGAAUGUCCAGUAACGUCAUGUGUGUGCCGAUGCAUGAUUCUAGACUCAGUAGCAUCUGUUUCACCAUCAACAGAACUCUCGGUCAUGUGACACAUCACAUGACUUCAUCAUCUUACAUAAGCCUUCUC